UUGGAACGCAACAAAAUCAGAAGCACGCUCAUGUCGUGGAAUAACAGAUAUGUUAACCUCAUUUUUUCAAAAAAUUAUUUAAUUUUCUACAAUAUCGAGAACGAUUGUUAAAUUUUUGGGAUCUUGUUACAUGUAUCAAAAGGGCCUCGAUGAUGAUAAAUAAGACAUAUCGUUUAUCUACGUAUAUAUAUAAAAUUUAAAUAAAAUGAACAUCGAUAAACUCAUCAAGAGAAAACAACAUGCCAAGCGAGACAACAAUUUCCAACAGCUGGCCGAAAUCACGAAGGAUCUCGGGGAUAUGUACUUUGAAAAUGAGCAACCAACGGAAGCUUUGCAAGAAUAUACGGAACAGUUGAGUAUCUGCGAAAAAUUGCAGGACAAGUUGAAUUGUGCGAUAGCACACAGAAUGAUUGGAGAGGUUCAUGCAAGCUGGGGAGAUUACGAACGAGCUCUAAUACACCAGAAUCUACAUUUGGAAGGCGCCAAGGAUAUAAAAAACUUGAUAGAAGAACAACGUGCAUUUGCCACCCUGGGUAGAACUUAUUUUUGCUUGGCCGAAAGCUUAACUGAUCAUUCGCAGAAACGCGAUGAGGCUUUGGUAAAUGCGAAACUGGCUUAUGUGAACAGCAUGGAAUUGUGUGAUAAAUUAACAGGAAACGAAAUCAAGCUGCAGGAGAGAACGCUGAUGCGUGCGAGACUUUUGCUCAACUUGGGAUUAACAUUGGAAGCGCAAAAGGAGACGCAACAGGCGAUCAAUCUGAUUGAACAAGCAACUGAGCUGUGUGUAUCAAACAAUUUUCAGGAAGAUUUACAUCGAACGUGUAUUUCUUUGGCAGCUAUAUAUGAACGACAAGGCAAUCACGAGCUGGCGUUGACUUAUAUCGAAACUGCAGCCACUGUGCAAGAUGUACACCUGAAAACCGAAGCAAAAGUAUCAAAGGCUGAACUAUUUAUGCGAACCGGAAAGUGGAUUGAAACACGUAAAAUAUUGAUUUCCCUGUAUACAAGUAAAGGAUUGCCAAAGGACAUACAAUAUCAAGUGGAGAAAUAUUUAAGGAUUAUUGUGACUCUGUGUCGAGCGGAAAAUGAUCUUCUUGUCGAAACUGAUAUCCAAGUUAAGCAAAAAUUGUACGAAACCUUGGGCGAUGCGGCGGUUGCUGCGCAAUGCUUCGAUAAAGGUGCGGAAUAUUAUCGACAUAUGCUGACUUGCGCGGAGAAAACGGGCGAUCAAGUAAGUAUUGCCUUAGUAAGUCUAGUUCAAACGCUCAAAGAUGCAGGGCGAUAUAAGGAAGCGCUACCUUUCGCACAAAGGGAACUCGAACUCUGCGCUAAUCCUCGAGAGAAAUGUAGAUCGGCGCUGUUUCUAGCAGAUCUGUUAAUAGCGGCAAAUGCUCCCGACAUAGAAAUACGGGAGUGUUACACUUUGGCGUUGACUUCGGCGAAUGAAAGCGAUAAUAUUAAGCUGCAAAGAUCCGUUGCAAGAGAACUCGUCAAUUACUUGGAAAGCGCAAACCAGUUUGAUGAAGCAAAGGAUACGAGACAGAAAGCAGGAUUAACAUCGAAUGAAGCACCGAGCGAUACGGAAAGCGAAGCGGUGUCCGAGGAAAGCGAUAAGAUUGGCGCGGACAUUUGUUUAGAGGAACUAUCCGAUCUCGAAGACGAAGAAAAUGUCAAGACAACACCUAAGAGGAGAACGAGGACGGGAACGAUCAAGAGGAACGCAAAGGGCGAAACGCAAUUACAUGUAGCGUGCAUUAAUGGUGACAUCAGUACCGUCGAGAAACUGUUAUCGUCUGGUCACUCUACGAACGUUAGAGAUCACUGCGGUUGGUCCCCUCUCCACGAAGCUGCGAAUCAUGGUUACGUGGAUAUCGCAGAAUUGCUCUUGAGACAUGGCGCGAACGUCAACGAUCCGGGUGGCGUGUCCUGCAAAGGCGUGACACCACUUCACGAUGCCGCGUGUUGCGGACAUUUUUCAAUGAUGCAACUGUUGAUACAACACGGUGCGAACGUGACGCUAAAAACUCACGGCGGCGACACGGUAUUAGAUUGUUUAGAAGAUUGGAAAGAUCGGGUAGGAGAAUUAAGUCCUGAAGAUUUAGUAGAGUACGACAUGAUAUGUAAGAAGUUUUCCACCUUUAUUCCAGUAAAGAAAAAGCAAAAGAGAUCCGACAACGCUCAGACAUCGGAUAAAGAAUCUGUGCAAUCUCCGGAUAAAGAGUCUGAGGUAGAAAAGAUAUCUGCCGGUGAAUACUAUAAAAGAACGAUAGCAAAUCUAAGGUCUUUCAACAAAACUAACACGGUUGUCACAUUCAAAGGCGGUAAUGACGCACCUCUAGUGAGUGAAGAACAAGUUCUCAUUGACGACUGGCUGGAGGAUGAUAUCGGGAGUACAACGAAGAAAAAAUCCAUGUCAUAUAAUUACAUUGCCACAGGCAAAAGAAAGUCUAAUGAAGAUAUAGAGAGCACUACGAAGAAAUUAAAGCUAAAUUGUACGCUUCAAAAUGAAGAGUAUUUAAACAUAAGCGAUGAAGACAGCGCUGAAGACAAUGAUGAAGAUAACGCUACUACUAAAAUUAUUCAAUUAUCUGAAGAAUCCAAGAGGGUUAAGAGAAAACGACAGACUUCUUUGAUAUCGAAUGGAUUUAUCGUGUCUCGUUCACCGUCUCCGAUGAUUCAUGAAUUACAAUCAUCCUCGCGUACCCCGACAGCUUUUGAACAACAACAGGAUGCAGAAUAUAUACAUUUACGUAUAUUUGUUAAGGAAGACGCGUUCGACCUAAAAGUGGCAGUUUACGAAGAAGAGAAAGAGUUUCUCACGUGCAUCACAACUGCUGCUGAAUCCAUGUUCUUCCGCGAAACCGCUUGUACAGCCAAACUGCUGUUACGGCCGAUAAACGGGAACGUAACAGUAACGAAAGAAAGCAUUUUGAAAAUUGCGGUCGAGGAUAACGCUAGACUAGAAUGCGAGAUAGGUGAACUAAAAAUACCGUUCAUUGUCGAGCGAUACAAGACCAUCUGUCGUAUUCAUGAUUCGAGUCCCCGCGAGAAUAUGCUAAGCUGUUUGAAAUCUUGCGAAAAUACGUCCAUACUUCGCACGAGACCCGAUGAUAUCGCUAAAGAACUGAUUGUACCGUUGUUGAAGACUUUGAAAUACGAGAGGAAUAUUACACUAUUACAAUUGUCGGGCACUGUAUUGGGAACGGUGGGAACACACUUGCACCGGUGUCUUUCGAAUCUCUUGUCUCUGCAGGAACUCUAUUUAAAAGGCUGCGACAUCGACUUCGCUUGUCUGCGUCAAAUAAGCUCGUUACCGCCUCAAUUGAGAGUCCUCGAUCUAAGUUACAAUCCAUUAAGUUCGGAGAGUUGCGACAUUCUCAGAGACUUGAUCGUAUCUCUGAGAUACUUGCGGACUCUCAAUUUACGUUACUGCAGACUGAAAGAUUUUCACCUUCCGUUCGACAAUCCUAAUCUGACGAAUUGCGAUAUUUCAUGGAAUAAAUUAAAUCGUGACGCGAUGAUUUAUUUUUUGAAUAAGCAAUUACUCGAUUUGAAUCUAUCCAAUACCACUUGCUCCGACAAAUUCGUCUCAAGUUUAGUCGCAGGUACAAUUCUAUUACCAAACUUGGAAUUGCUAGAUCUCUCAUUCUGUGACAUAACAGACUCCGAUAUAAAGAUUAUUCUAGCACACUUGCCUAAACUCUUGAAAUUAAUACUUCGCGGGAACACGAAUGUAACUGUAUCAUCUAUAAAUGUAUUGUUGAAUCGUCAACCUACGUUAACUUAUAUCGAUGUUAGUGGUUGUAAAAAUAUUGUGAGUAGUCCGGAGAAGGAAUUAAUUAUACAAAAUCCCGAAGUUUGUACGUUACUGGCUAACAUGGAACCUAAUUUAUGUGAUUUGUGGAUUAAACUGUGGCGCGGAGCAGGUAUUGUAACGAAAUUGCCUCACAACUUAGCAAUCUUUAAACCAAUAAAACCUUUUGCCGAAAAUGAUUUUAAAGUCUAAUUUUUAUACAAUAUUGAGAUAAAUUUGUAUUUAUCUAUAU